ACGAGUUACGCCAAAACAAGCUCCCCAUUGACUCUCUAUUCAAAGUUCGAUAAUCAGUUUUUAACAAAACGCGAUAUCCGCCGUGUUUCGCUGCCCUGUUUCUUCCCUUUUUUCUCAAACAGAGACAAACGCCAGUCCUGUUUUUCCGCAAAGCCCUACAGUUCCAUUCGACCAAUCACCGGGCACCAUUCCAUGACGCAAACUGUCAUGGCGGCACCCUGUCAGUAGACGCCGGUAAACACUCGCCUCAGACUUUUAAGUUUUUAUAUAGGCUACUAAAAUGAAUAACUUUGAUGGUAUUGAGGAGCCAGUGGUCGUGUUAUCUGUGGGAAAGAAGCGGAAGCCGUCAAAAGACAACCACGAAAGGGAAGUCAGAAAGAGAGUCAGAAACUCAGGUGGUGGCAAAAUACCGGCGAUUGCUUGUUCUCACAGUGAAUCAAAAAACUUUUGUCAUGCCGACAAACUGACAGCUGACGAUCUUGUAAAAAACUUCGACACUCUCUACUGUCAUACCACGAAGGCCGAACAAGACCAAGCAAUUUUACGCCUGAUAACAGUAAAACGGAUACAGCGAAGACGUCCCAAGGUGGCAAUUGAAGAUGCACAGAAGGAGAGGGAGGUCACGAACGAGUACUACUUGCUCUCCAAGGAUCAUCCCACGAAGGUUCCUGUCUGCAAGGCAACUUUCUGUGCAGCGCUGGGUAUUGGCAAAGAUAGAGUAGCUCGAGUGGCAAGAUAUUAUGCAGAGAAUGCUGAGGCCAGACCAGAACGUAGGGGUGGUGCUCGCAAAGUUACAGAAAAUGAAGAAAAGAAGAAACUUGUGAUGGAUCACAUUCAAACAUUCACUUGUAGGGCAAGCCACUAUGGCAGAAGAGGAGCACCUGGGCGGAAAUACCUUCCCAGUGACCUCAGCGUAAAAAAAAUGCAUGAUUUGUUCAAGCAGCAAAAUCAUGAUGCUGUUAGCUACUCUCUCUAUUACAGUGUUUUCCGAUACAGUUUCAACCUUGCAUUUGGACAUCCAGCCACCGACGCGUGUUCUACAUGUGCAAAGUUUCAUCUCACAGUAAAGAACCCCAGCUUGCCUGAAGAGGAGAAGCGUACAGCAUCAGCAUCUUUCAUUUUGCAUCGCAGACGAGCAAGGGUGUUUUAUGAUUUGCUUGGGCAAAGUGACAAUGCAGCAUUGACAGUCUGCUUCGACAUGAUGCAGAAUCUGGUACUCCCAAAACCCCCAUUGAAUUGUCCUAAUAUGAUCAUGGAAUAUGUGUUUCCCAUCAGGGGACACAGUUUCCUUCCUGUUGACCGCGUUUUCGGGAGGAUUGAGCAGCAGAUUCGAAAGCACAAUACCAUCCUCAUGCCCGAAGAGUACUAUGACAUUUUGAGGAACCAUGGACAUGUCCAUGUCUACGGCCAGGACUGGCAAGCUUAUGAUUUCAAGAAGGCAACACAGGUUUUUGUAAAGCCACAGAAGUCAUUCAAGCUCAGUGAUGCUAGAAUGCUGGAACUCAGGAAUGACAAACUUGGAUUCAAGACUGUGUACAACAGUGACUUCUGCUAUCACUCGGUUUUGAAGCGAGGACAGAACUGGGCAAACUUCAAGCCGAGUCAGCUCCCAAAUGUAAGCACAGUGAAGGAUGCAAAAAGAAAGGAUGUGCUUAACUUGCUUGCUGAAAUUGGUGCCAGUGACACUGUGCGUGCCUUCUAUGAUGGAGCACUCAUUGUAAAUGAUGCCGACCGUGACAGCCCUGAAGAAUAA